AUGAGCAAAUUGCUCAUCAAGCAUGGUGUCUUCUCCAGCCCUGUGAACACCGUUUCGACGUACCUCUGGCCCAGUAGAGGCUUCACAGGCGUGAUCAGUGCAGCAUCAGCCUAUAUCUUCGCCUAUGUCUGCCAAGUGAAUGUUCCCCACAUUUACUCCGAGAUGCACCCCUCCAAUGAGAAGCACCUCCGCCACGUCUCUUUCGCGUCGGUCGUUCUUUGCUUCGUGGUGUAUGUCGCCGUUGGAACUUGUGGGUUUUUGACAUACGGGAGCAUCACGAAAGCGAGUGUCGUCCAGAGCAUACGAGAGGACUUUCUUCACGGCAACAGCUUCGUCACUGUUGCUUUCAUCUUCAUGGGUAUUGCAGUAUUGGCUGCAUCCCCCCUCAAUAUCUACCCCUUAAGAGCAGCUAUGAUAGAUACCAUCAAGGGCAUCACUGGUCGUACCAAACUUAAUCGAUAG